AAUGGCUGGUGGACAAGAAAAAUGGUAUUUUACAAAAGAUCAGCUACAGAAUUCACCAAGCAGAAAAUGCGGUUUAGAUGCAGAUAAGGAACUUGCCUACCGGCAGCAGGCCGCAAACCUCAUCCAGGAUAUGGGCCAGAGGCUUCAAGUGUCUCAACUAUGCAUCAACACUGCCAUUGUUUACAUGCACCGGUUCUAUGCGUUUCACUCGUUCACUCAGUUCCACAGGAAUGCCAUUGCUGCUGCAGCCCUGUUCCUCGCCGCCAAGGUCGAAGAACAGCCAAGGAAACUAGAAUACGUAAUAAAGGUGGCCCACGUCUGCCUCCACAGAGGUGAGGGUGUCAGUCAGUCGAUCACGACCGAACAGUACCAAGAACAGGCUCAAGACCUCGUAUUCAACGAGAACGUUCUCCUACAAACAUUAGGGUUCGAUGUCGCCAUUGAUCACCCACACACGCAUGUUGUUCGCACGUGUCACCUUGUCAAAGCGCCCAAAGACCUUGCCCAGACGUCGUACUUCAUGGCAUCGAACAGCCUCCAUUUGACGACGAUGUGCCUUCAAUACCGACCCACUGUGGUCGCGUGCUUCUGCAUACAUCUCGCGUCCAAGUGGAGUAAUUGGGCGAUUCCUCAGUCGAACGAAGGCCGGCACUGGUUUUCCUAUGUGGACCGGAAUGUAACCACAGAACUACUGGAGCGGCUGACCGCAGAGUUCCUGCAUAUAUUCGACAAGUGCCCAUCUAGACUGAAACGAAAGAUGAUGUCCAUGACCAAUAACAGCGGCAGUUCGCCGCACUCCAACGCUGUCCACGCGGGUAGCUCGUCGGGCGACAAGAAACACGCGCCGCCGCCGUCUAUGAGCGACGACUUCGACAAGUCCUUUGAUAAAGAAUACGAGCGCGAAAGGCGCCGGCAACCCGUCCCGGGCGGCUAUGUGCCAGCCACCACACCUGCCGCGCCAGCCGCACCUGCCCCCCAGAAGAUAGAUUACAACCUAUACCGGGAGAGAAGAGAGGAACGGGAGAGGCGCGAGGAGAGGGACCGCAGGCAGCUCGCCCAACGACCGCCCACGCAACCCAGGCCAGCUCAACCACCACCCCACCAUCGACCACCCACACAACACCACCACAAACCACACCACGCCUGGCCCCACCACGCCAAACCACCUCACCACGCGAAACCCCCACAUACAAACGAUCACAGACACCACAGACCGCCUGUACCCACUCCUGGCACCUCCAACCCCCCACAAAAUCUCCCCCAACAACCCACUCCAGAACCCCCUCAAAGGACGCGACCCCCUUCGUUGUUCUCUCCAGAAAACGCAACAACCCCUAUCGCAGCCGCCACCGCGCCUAGACGACCCCAAAUCCCACCCCCUCACAGACCUAAGCCAGAAAUCAGGCCGAACCCCCCUACUGCCGCUCCCGCCCCCCAAAUGCCACAACCCACCCCUGUUCAACCUGAACAGAAACCUCCGAGUCCCAAAAAAAGACCGGAUCCCUCCCUCGCGUUGCGAGACUUGCAACCGCCCGCCAUUCUUUCCCCGUUCAACUCCCCUCCUUCUAAAGAACAAAAACCGAGGCAGAGAGCUCAGUCCAACUCCGAACCGGAAUUGGUGCCUGUUGUCAAAAAACUAGACGAGACUCCGGGCUACGAAAACGUCAUCAGAGACUCGCAGCGAGGCAACGCCAUCCGGACGAAGGCUCCCGAAAGAAAACCGGAGCCGACCCGAGCCAUGAACGGCAUAGAAACAGAUCCGACGUUAGUUUCGAACUUGCUCAAAGAAAGCCUGGCGAAACCCGCCCCUAUUACUGUGGCCACAGAGAAAAAGUCGCCCGAAAUCAAAAAGGAGGUCGUCGAACCGCCCGCGCCCCUUCCGCCGCCUCCGCAACCAGAAAUACCUCCCCCCGCCCCCCAAAAUGUAGAAGUAGAACACAAGCCUAAGAAAGAUAAGAAAAAGAAGGACAAACACAAACACAAAGAUAAAGACAAAAGCAAAGAUAAGGAAGAGAGAAAGAAACACAAAAAGGACAAGGACAGAGAAAAGAAGAAAAGUCCCGCGCCUGUACCGGAGCCGCCGUCAGACGGAACGCUCAGGAUAACGAUACCCCGGGACAAACUGUCCCGCAGUCCGGGACUCAAGAUCAAGAUCCCGAAAGAGAGGCUGGCCGCCCCGCCGCCGCCGCCGCAGUCUUCGGGACUCAAAAUCAAGAUUUCUAAAGAAGUUCUCGAAACGUCGAGGAAGCGUAGCGGGAACGGCGAACCCGGACCGCCCCCGAAGGUGCCUCGGCAGAACGGAGCGCCCCUCCCAAAGGUAGGCAAUUGGAAUGUACCCCCCCCUUAUAGGGCCCCGUUACCGUAUUUUAUGGUGCAGCCACCGCCGCCUUUGUAUUUCGGUAUGGGUAUGGACGGGUUUUACUACGCCGGCGGCAUGGAUUACAUGUACCAGCAGAGGCCGCAAGUGCCGCAGCCACCGCCGCAGCAAAGCCAGCCGCCGCUGCCGGCGAUGCCGCCGCCGCCGGUUCCGCCGCCGCCGCCGGAAUAAACUAGAAUGAUUGCUGACUUUUCCUCUUGAAUUUAUAGGCGUGGUAUCCAUAGUAUUACAGAACGAAGCUAAAACUUGACUCAGUUUCAACCAAAAAUUGAGGUUUUUGAUUGGUUAAAUUGAAUUUCAAUAUUUAGAUCAAUUCGAGAUUUGAGUAUUGUUUUGUAAUACGGAUCUAAUAUCUAUGUGCAAUAAUGUUCAAUUUUGUUUUUAGACAAUUGCACCCUCAAAGAAUCUUAAAAGAACUGUUUUGAUUGAACGAGAAAGAGAAAAAAUAAUUUGCUAUUACUGUAUAUUUUUCUAUAGCUAAUAUUACACCUAUGAUUGAGAGGAAAAGUUUGUAAAGUUUUGCUAAGAACUAAGAAU